UUUUGAAUGAAACAUAUUUUUAAAGAUUGAUGUCAAAACAACCUUUUAUAACAUUUUGAAAUCAUUUGAAAACGUUAAUUGUAUUAAUCAAUUUAAUUGUCAUAUUUUCGUUCCUGUUUCAAUACAUUUAGCAUCUGCAAAUUUGAAUUAUUUUGUAAAUAAACAAACAAAUUUCUCAGUGCUCUCUAAAGAUGUCUUCACAAUUUAAUGUACCCGUUAGCAUUGAAAUUACAGAUGAGUAUGCGGUACAAGAAGUGACUUAUGAUGGCCAAGAGAAAUAUCAAUCCCCCUUAACUAUGUCCGAGAAUUUAGCUCGUAUGGUUCAGCGGAUUGAUUUUAAUUCAAUUGAGAGUGAAGAAGACAAUGAUGAUACCUCCGAAACUAAAGAAUCGCCUUCUCUCGCGGCACCUCAAUGGCCUUGGGAAUCAGCUCGAAAUAAAAUUCGCAGUGCAUUAACUGAAAUACAUGUUCUGGAAGAUGUUCUCAAUAUAGCCAAAGAAAAAAAAUAUCUUGUUCUUGAUCCUGUUUCUCAAGACUCUGUUGACACAAAACCAAUUGUCAGUCUGGUUGCUAAAAAGAAAGCUUUCGCUGUUGCCGCAUCAAUUAUCAUGAGCGGAGCUGAUAGAAUCAAGCAGAGUAAAAAUGAUGCAUCUCGAAGUCAAACAUCUGACUUUCAUUCUGAGCUUAUGCAGAUGAGACAAAGUUGGAGAUUGAGGCGAGCCGGUAACUCUAUAAUUGGUGAUCUUAGCUAUCGAUCAGCUGGUUCAUGGUAUCCUCACCCAGGAAAUUUUGAGGUAACCAAGAAUGAAGAUCCACCAAAAACGCAAGCAUCUCCAAAUCAAUCGAGCAACUCACCUAUUGGACCAGGACCCAAACAGAGUGCAUUAAAGGUUAAAAUUCCGAGUGAUCUUGAGGGUGUAGCUUACAUACAUGUAUGUGUUCAAGAAGGCCGGAAUGAACUCGAUGACGACCCUAUCAAACCUGUCAUUGACCUAGAGGCUCUCUCGAAAAUUGAAUUAACUUGGCAACAGAAGCUUGAAAAUGCUCAGAAUGUGCUUUUCUGUAAGGAAUUGUUCGCCAAGCUUGCCCAAGAGGCAGUGCAAGUUCAAUUUCCUAUUCCAACUAUAGUUAAUAGUAAUGUAAUUAUUGCAACUUUAUUUCCUGGAAUUCAACUAAAUAUUGGAUUAGUUCAUUUAACUCCACCAAAAAAGAAGCGAAAAUUUGGUAAAUUUGAGAAUCACGAAAUUGCAGAGAAAAAUAAUGAAUCCGUGAAGUUCCCUCAUAAGCAUGUAUUAGAGCAUACUUUACAUCAGUUACUCCGAGAGAUUCAUUACAACGCUCUUCAUCAUCCAAUGCCUCAUCCAACAACAGCGACUUUAGGUUUGAGUCGUCUAAGAUAUUUUGCUGGACCAGAAGCCUAUGAUCGCCAUGUACUCACCGAAUCGUGUAAAAAUGAAACCAUGUUAGAACAAAUAAUUGCUCAAGCCCAACAUUUUGUUCUCCGUGAUCAAGCUUUAAAAACUAUUGACGAUCUUUCUAAAGAAAUCAAGGAAGCUAUUAUUAUUGUACAUUGUUUAUGUUUGAAUAGUCCUAUUCGUAGUUGUAUCAAAAUUGUUAUUGUUUCAAGUGGCUACGAAUCUCUCAAUCGUACUCCAGUAACCAUUCACGUUAGUUCUAAAAACAUGACCAUUAUCUGCCGAGAAGGUAAAAAGUAUACUUUACACUAUGAUGUCGGAUUACUUCGAGAAACAUUGCUGAGCAUUAUUUCUCAUCAUCAUUUGUCAACAAUUCAAAAUUUAUGCAAAUUAAUGGGAUGGAGAUGCAUUUCAUACACAAGUAAUUGUGGAAUCGGCUCUAUAGAACAAAUCGGAACAGCUUCAUCACUUUUGAUUGCUUCACCAAACGAUGAGAGAGUCAUUUCUAUCCGACAUGGACCAACAUCUGGAGCUGUAGUUGCUGUUUCAACUAAUCCAAGGGAUCAAGAUUUCUAUCCAAGUUCAAUUAUUCGUGAUCGUAAAUGGCAAAAUAUCCAGUCUAAUUAUAAAUCAAUCGAUUUAACGAAAAUGCCAGGUAAAAACUUAAUCAACAAAAUCGAGACUCUUAUGUCUUUUGCAAAAGGUUGAAUCUGCAGCUUCGAACUUGACCUUUUCUGAACAAAUAUUUAUCUAAAUUUCCAUUCUUUAUAAAGCUCUUUUUUUGUAAAUAAAUAUUUUGUGAAAAACAUAUUUUAAUCAUCACAAA